AUGACUUCAGAAAGCGAUCUUCGAGUGUCAACACUGUUCGAUUUCCGCGACUAUGUCGUGCUUGUCACUGGUGGAGCGAGCGGAUUGGGAGAGAUGGCAUCACAGGGUUUCGUUCAAAAUGGAGCCAGAGUCAUCAUCGCAAGCCGGAAAGAAGCCGAAUUGAGGAAUACUGCCGACAGGUUGAAUAAAAUCGGCCCAGGCAAAGCCGAGUACAUUGUCGCCGACCUCAAGGACAAAGCCGGAGUUGAACAUCUGGUCGAAGAAGUCAAGAAACGGACAGAUCGAGUGACAGUCCUGGUCAACAAUACUGGCGUAACGUGGGGAGCUCCGUAUGAUGACUUUCCAGAAAGUGGAUGGGACAAAAUCAUGGCCUUGAAUGUCAAGUCGAUUUUCUACACGACUCAAGGACUACAGCCACUCCUUUCGAAAGGAACCAACGCCGAUAAGCCCUCAAGGGUAAUCAAUAUUGCGUCGAUGGCUGGUAUCGCAACCUCAGAUGUCACGUCAGGCGACGAUGGUGGGCUUGCGGCGCCAGGACAUGGAACUUUUAGCUAUGGGCCUUCGAAAGCAGCUUGCAUUCACUUGAGCAAGAUCCAAGCAUCGAAACUUGCCCCGUUGAACAUCAUGGUGAACUGCGUGUGCCCUGGCGUAUUUCCAUCACGAAUGACAGCUUUCGGCAUCGAUAAAUUCAUCGAUACGAUCUUGGAAAGACAGCCUACUGGACGAGUAGGCAAACCGUCUGAUUUUGCAGGAUUGAUUCUCUUCCUCAGCAGCUCGGGGUCUGCCCACAUGACAGGCAACGUGCUUGAGAUCGAUGGAGGAAGUACACUUAGCGGAUGGAGAAGCAGCAAGAAAGGAAGCAACCUAUAG